AUGAAGGAAGAAAAUAUCACUAACGAACAGACAAGAGAUCAUGAUACCACAACAAUGCAAAUUUCAUCAGUAACCCCGAAAAGCAUAGAAACUCCUAGUAACACUGCCGAAGGGAAACAACAAUUAACGAAUGAACAACCGAUAAUUAAUACUAUUGUACCAACCGUUGCCAAAGGUUUACAACCACAGCAACAAGCAUCACAACCAUCACAAGCUCCCAAAUCAUCAAAUACAAUUUUUAUUCAUAAGUUAUACAAUAUAUUAGAAGAUAAAGAUUUGGAAGAUUUGAUAUGGUGGUCAAAUGACGGUAAAUCUUUCUUAAUCAGACCGACAGAAAGGUUUAGUAAAGCAUUGGCUACUUAUUUUAAGCAUACAAACAUUACUAGUUUUGUUAGACAAUUGAAUAUUUAUGGCUUCCAUAAAGUUUCCAAUGAUCAUCAAUAUAUUAAUAACAAAACUGAAGAUGAUACAACAACUAACGUGACGAAUCAUGCAAAUACUGAUGUUAAUAAUAAUAUAACUGAUAAUGAACAAGUAAAAAUCUGGGAAUUUAAGCAUAGCGCAGGUAUUUUUAGGAAAGGUGAUGUAGAAAGUUUAAAACUUAUAAAAAGAAGAUCUUCUUCUAGAAAUAUAUCAUCAAUGAAUUCAAGGAAAGCUUCAAAUGCGACGCCUUCUCGUGGUUCAUCCAGUAAUUAUAAUUACAAUAAUAAUACUAAUAUGAACAUUUUGAACAUGCCUAGUAAUCUAAACACCAAUGCCUCUUCAUAUGGACAAGUGUUACAACCUGGUAAUAUAGAAUCGACAGUAACAGAUCAAAACGCCAAAUUCGUGCCCUCGCAGCUAUCUCAAUAUCCAAACAUAGUAGAGGGAAAUAUAAACGUUAAAUCAAAUCCAUCGUUCUAUAAGCUAGGAAUAAAUCAGCAAAAACAACAUCAACUUAUGCAGGCGCAAGAUGUUCCUUUCACUCCAUACCCUUCUACAGAAUCCAUACCAAUGAUACAGCAGUAUAGACAAGUGCAACCCCAGCAAUAUACUAAUACAGAUCAAGGAUAUGAACAACCCGACCCCCAAUACACUCACGAAUCUGUAGAACAAACCAUGAAAGCUGCAAAUAUGGACAUGAUUAAACUAAUCGACUAUAUGCAGAAAUUUGUUUCAUUGCUGAAUAAAAAUACAAACGGGAUAAUAUCAGAACCGAGUAUUGGUACAAGUCUAAAAGAUAAUGAAAUGAAACAGCAAUGGGAUGAAUUUCAAAGUGAGAUCACAAAUUUUAAACGGUCUAUAUUGUCUCGUCUUCAAAUUAACGCGAUGUAUGAACAAUCAUCCCAAAAUAAGACUCAACAGUUACAACAGCAAACUCACCAAGGCCAACAACAUUUGACUCCAAAUGACACUAAUUCAAUGAACAGACACUCAUAUCCAAUUAUUAUGAAACCCCAAUCUAUCUAUAGUCAACAAACUGCCACUGAGCACGUCAACACUAGUAACAAUAAUCAAACACCAGGUAACAUCAAUAUGAUCCAACAAGCCAUCCCAUUAAGGCCACACACUGCACCGCUUUCUGUCAUUCAAUCUGUUCCUCAAUCUAGUGAUUCGAAUGGAAAUAAUCAAAUACCUAUAGAUACGUAUAAUUCCGCCAUAAGCUCAAAUGGUAGUACUGGGAAAUAUCAAAUGAUGCAAAAUCCAUUUAAUUCCAACGCAAGUUCUAGAUACUCUAGUAAAAGACAUAGAAGUGUAUUAUUAGACCCCUUGACCCCGGUUUCGAGCUUAAACAGCUCCUCCCGCCCAUCAUUAUCGGGCCAAAAUAAUAGAAAACCAAGUUCUACAGCUAUUCCAAUUCAUUCAGUUUUAGAUCAAAAUAGUUCUACGAUCUUUUCUCCAAGAGCUUCGAUUUCAACAAGGCAGUCUUUAACUGAUGAUCAAACUAUAGUUAAAAGAAAUAGCCAGUCGUCAUUACCGACGUCAAUAAUGGCACCACCACGUCCUACGUCAAGAUCACCUAUUAACAAAGAUGCACUACGAUUUUCGAGGUCAGCAAAUAGCUUACCUAACAUCAUUGCUCCAACAAUUUUGAAUAAGACUGUCUCUACAACAAAUAGUAGUCCCGUAUAUUCAUUAUUAAAUAAUGCGAAUGUCAAUGCGAAUAGUACUAAAGAUAUUCACAACAUCAGUAAGGAAGUCCCAAUGGGAAGCGAUACAACUAAUAUGAACAUAAACGGAAAUAGAGAAUCGAUUUCUAGUAAUAAUGAAAUGGAUAUCAUUGAAGAAGAGGAACAUAGUUGUAAAAAAGUUAAAUAUACUUAA